AGGUGGCACACGUGAAAGAGGUUCUCCAAAUCGAACAGCAACAUCUGAUUGAACGGUGUGAGUUUGAACUCAAGUGUGCGCUCGAGAUACAGAAUCUGAGUAUGAAGCAACUGCUGGAGAGAAACGAGUUGAGCUUAGAGUGCUCUAUGCGUGCACACAAGAUGGAGGGCGAAUGGCUCAAGCAGCAUCAACAGCGAGAUAUCAAAAACAUGGAAAGGCGACACCACGAGGAGAACAAAGAAAAGCCCAAACUUAGGAAACAAUUGCGAGCCAAGAUGCGGGACAAACGGAACAACCAGGCCAGGCUCAUCUCACAGGAUUCAAAUAUCAGCUGCAAAUCAGCCCAGACAUCGCCCAUGUCUCCGCGUACAUCCACCAAUCCCACUGCGGCGUCUGUCUCGCUCCCAGUGGAGGCUAUAAAUAGCAGCGAAUCCGAUCGUGCCAGUAAUUUCUAUAUGAGUUCGGGAUAUAGUACUAACAGUAGUACCUUCGGUAAGAGUCCGCGGGGAAUAAGCAAAGAUAAAAAACGAGAAGUCGCGGGACGGAUGGCUCAGCUGGAAGCUACCAUUCAGGUGGAAUACAAUGAAAAAGUAGCCGAACUGGAG